CUAGCUGACCGACAGUCCUCCCGGGUCCGGAAGGAGAUCUUUACCCUGCUUCAGAAUUCCGGCGCCCUGGACCCUACGUAGGAGCUAAAUAACACCCAAGGCUUCUAGCUGUUUCAUUCAGACGUUUUCACCAACGCAACUACAUUAUUUCCAAGAUCCUUUUCCAGGUUCCAUGAUAAGAAUAUACUAGCGGCGAAAGAACACCGAAUUGGGAGUCAGAAAGCCUGGGUUCUAGUCCUGACUGCCAUUAACUAGCGUUGCUCCUUCCCUUAAACACUGAAAAGCAAAGCUGUAGAAAUACAGUCUUGUGAUCAGAAGAAAUAGAAGACUCCAGGAGGAAGAGACUAUACUACUGAGUUCUGAGCUAUACUGUUGAGGAGAAAGAUGAACCAGAAGAUACUUAAGUUGGAGAACUUGCUACGAUUUCACACUAUUUGUAGGCAGCUGCACAGCCUGUAUCAAAGAAGAAUGUUGGCACAGUGGAGGCACGUGUUUUCAUCUGCUUACCCGGUGUGGCCAGCUCAGCCGUAUGCCCAGCCCUGGCAAACAGAUGCGCUCAUCAGAGCCGCUUUAUCUCAACAUAGGCUUCUGGUGACAAAGAAGGAAAAAAAAUCGCAGAAAUCUCAGUUAUCUUCAACAAAAUCUAAAAAGGAGGUGGAGGUAUGGAUUGGAAUGACUGUUGAGGAGCUGGCCAGAGCAAUGGAAAAAGACAUAGAUUGUGUAUAUGAAUCUUUAUUGAACACUGCUAUUGACAUAGAUUCACUAGAAGCACACUCACAUUUAGAUGAAGUCUGGAUCAAAGAAGUGAUAAAGAAGUCAGGGAUGAAGUUAAAAUGGAGCAAAUUAAAACAGGACAAAGUCAGAGAAAAUAAAGAUGCUGUAAAAAGGCCCCAGGCAGAUCCAGCUUUAUUAAUCCCAAGGUCCCCAGUUGUUACUAUAAUGGGCCAUGUUGAUCAUGGAAAAACGACGUUACUUGACAAACUGCGAAAAACUCAAGUGGCAGCAAUGGAAGCUGGAGGCAUCACUCAGCACAUUGGUGCCUUUCUUGUUUCUCUGCCUUCUGGGGAAAAGAUAACCUUUCUUGAUACUCCAGGACAUGCUGCUUUCUCAGCAAUGAGAGCCAGAGGUGCUCACAUCACUGACAUUAUCAUAUUGGUUGUAGCUGCAGAUGAUGGAGUGAUGAAACAAACUGUAGAAUCCAUUCAGCAUGCCAAAGAUGCUCAAGUUCCUGUUGUCCUUGCCAUAAACAAAUGUGACAAAGCUGAGGCUGAUCCUGAGAGAGUGAAAAAAGAACUGCUAGCUUAUGAUGUGGUAUGUGAGGAUUAUGGAGGCGACAUUCAAGCAGUGCAUGUUUCUGCACUCACGGGCGAUAACCUGAUGGCUUUGGUAGAGGCAACAAUUGCUCUUGCAGAAAUGUUAGAAUUGAAAGCAGACCCUACUGGUCCAGUUGAAGGAACAGUAAUAGAAUCUUUCACAGACAAAGGAAGAGGUCCUGUUACUACAGCUAUAAUUCAAAGAGGAACUUUGAGAAAAGGCUCCAUUCUGGUUGCUGGAAAGAGUUGGGCAAAAGUACGCUUAAUGUUUGAUGAAAAUGACAAAGCAAUCAAUGAGGCCUGUCCCAGCAUGCCAGUGGGAAUUAUAGGCUGGAGAGACCUCCCUUCUGCAGGAGAUGAAAUUCUUGAAGUAGAAUCUGAGCCAAGGGCACGUGAAGUUGUUCACUGGAGGAAGUAUGAGCAAGAACAGGAGAAAAAUAAAGAGGAUCUGGAAUUAAUAGAAGAAAAGCGAAAGGAACACCAAGAAGCACAUCGGAAAGCCCGCGAGAAGUAUGGCACUUUGCCCUGGAAGGAGAGGUCAUUUAUAAAGUACAAAAUAAAAAAACAGCAGCAACCCUUAAAGCCAAAAGAAAAAGCAGGAGGAGAUUCAAAUGUACUUCCUAUAAUUAUUAAAGGUGAUGUUGACGGUUCCGUUGAGGCCAUUUUGAACAUUAUGGAUACCUAUGAUGCUUCACAUGAGUGUGAACUAGAGUUAGUACAUUUUGGUGUGGGUGAUAUUAGUGAAAAUGAUGUUAACCUUGCUGAAACAUUUCAUGGUGUUAUAUACGGCUUCAAUGUGAAUGCAGGCAAUGUUAUCCAGCAGUCGGCUGCAAAAAAAGGAGUAAAAAUUAAACUUCACAAAAUCAUUUACCGUCUUAUUGAAGAUUUGCAGGAGGAACUGAGCAGUAGAUUGCCCUGCAUUGUGGAAGAGCACACAAUAGGUGAGGCUUCUAUACUAGCUACCUUCUCUAUAACAGAAGGGAAGAAAAAAGUUCCUGUGGCCGGCUGCAGAGUCCAAAAGGGACAGUUAGAAAAGCAAAAAAAAUUUAAAUUAAUACGUAAUGGACAUGUUAUUUGGAAGGGCUCAUUAAUCUCACUGAAACACCAUAAAGAUGAUAUUUCAGUCAUCAAAACUGGAAUGGAUUGUGGUCUUAGUUUGGAUGAAGAGAAGAUAGAAUUUAAAGUGGGAGAUGAUAUUGUCUGUUAUGAAGAAAAAGAAGUUCUAGCCAAGACUUCUUGGGAUCCAGGAUUUUAAAAUUAUGUUAAAGAUGUAAAUUAUUAAAUGUUUUGCUUUAUUACAGAG